AUGGAUUGGCUUAUCAGUAGAAGACAUGUACCAAAAGAUUGGAGCAAAAAAGUUUUAGUUGUAAGAGAAAAAAUUAAUGAAGCCAUAAAAGAUAUGCCUGAAAAUAAAGGAAUAACAGAUUUGUUAGCUGACAUCAAUUAUUAUCACUGUAAAAAAAUUAUUGAUAUAUUAAAAGAAACUGAAAUAAAUUCUAAAAAUUUAUUCGGACAAUAUACAUCCCAGAGAAUGAAAGAUUGGGUAGAAAUAGUUAAAUUAUAUGAAAAGGAUAACAUUUACCUUGGUGAAGUUGCUAGCUUGUUACAAAGAACUGUGAGCUACGAAGUACCAGCAUUAAAAAAACAAAUUUCAAAAAUUGCUACUCUCCAAACAGAGUACGAUAAGAAAGAAAUAAACUAUGAAAAAAUGGCCGAAACAAUGAUGAGAGAUUUUAAUUCAAUGUGCAAAUCUCUCGAUAUAAAAGGAGUUAAAAUUAAAAAAGAGCUUAUCGAAAAAUCAAAACAUUUUCCUGAUAUGUGCCUUGAAAUAACAGAUGAAAUUAAAAAAUUAAAAGAUCCUGUUAAUUUUUAUAUAAAUGUUGUUAAAUCAUUGUUAAAUCCUAAUAAAACUCCAUUAAAAACUCUUCAAUACAUUAUGGAACUCGGGGAUGAUGUUGCAAAAGGUGAGGAAGCUUAUACACUUUUAGGCCACAUAGACACGAGGAAUUUAAUUUUGAGCGAUGUAUUGGAAUUGGAAACAUUUUUAAAGAGUAGAAUUUAUGAAAUGACAUCAGAAAAAGAUGGUUUAAAUUUAACAAUGCUUCCUGAAUGUUUGCAAGCUCACGAUGUUAAAACACUUCAAAACAUGCUCGAUAAAGUCAAUGCGGUUAAACAAAGUUUAACAAAUCCCACAUCUUUAUAUUAUCUUAACAUCAUGACCAAUGAAAAAUUUCUAAAUCAAAUGACUGAUAAGUUGAAGCAAAAAUUAAAUGCUCAUGAAAAAAUGUUGGCUUCUAAAGAAGCGAUAAAAAUUCAAAGAGCUGAUGCUAUUAAAGAAGCUGAAUCGAUACAGCCAAAAAUAAAUUUAUUGAUUAAAAAAGCUAAAGAAUUACAAAAAUGGAUAGAAGAUGAUAUAUCGAAAAGAUACAAAGGAAGGCCUGUGAAUUUAAUUGCGGGUGCUAAUAUAUUGUAA